AUGCUCACCUCCACUCAGACAACUUGGCUCGUUGUAUCUCUUGCCUUCAGUCUCAUGUUCAAUGAGCUGAGUUACCGCCAACUGAAUCUGCCGUUCGGUGCGGGAGUUCUUCGUCUGACCACAGGACCUGACCAACCUGACAAUCGUUGCAUUUUCAGCAUCAGAACUUGGAGCGCGGCUACCUCUGAACGAGUUGCCGCCCUUCAAUUCAGCCUCAUUGCCGACAAAUACCGCAUCGCGGACGACGCCGCUUGGGCCUCUCUCAUCCCAUCAGACGGCCGAAUCCGGUCGCCAUCAGCCCGAGCCGCUCCUGAUCAGAAAUACUUCACCAUCGGGCUGUACUCCGAUCUGCACUGCCUCAACCUCCUGCGCUCCGCGUAUCUAGCGCACAAAGACAAGCACGAGUCCGGGAUGCGCGUUCCCGAGGACGCAUUGGCUCCGCAGUGCGUCAGCCAGCUGCGCCAGGCGCUCACGUGCGCGGCCGACCUGACGCUCGAUCCCACGACUUCGAUAUGCGAGCCGGAUGGCACGUGUGAUCCGGCCGCGGCGGGGCAUUUGGUCGUGCAUAAGUGUCGGGAUUGGGUACAAGUGAGGGAAUUUGUGGAGAUGAAUCAGGCUCGUACGGAAGAUAGAAAGAAUUUUCGUGGCCCCAUUCAAGCCACAGCUACUUAA